GCUUCCCCCUUUCUUGAAAUAUAUAUACCCCAAUCCCUCUCUUCCCCUCUCAACUUUGUAUUUCUCCCCAGUGCACUGCCAAAAACCCCACCAACCCCUUUCCCCUUCGCCCUCCCACAACCCCACCACCACCUGCUUCAUCACCGCCACCACCGCAAUGGGGAAAGGCUCAGCCUUGUCAGAUGGGUUGGUGAAGAAAAUCAUCCUCUCCUACACUUAUGUAGCCAUCUGGAUCUUCCUUUCCUUCACUGUAAUCGUCUACAACAAAUACAUCCUUGACAGAAAGCUCUACAAUUGGCCAUUUCCCAUCUCCCUAACCAUGAUCCAUAUGGCCUUCUGUUCAUCCUUAGCAUUUUUGCUCGUCCGAGUCCUUAAACUAGUCGAGCCUGUGGCCUUGUCUCGCCAGCUUUACCUCAGUUCAGUGGUCCCAAUUGGAGCCCUUUAUGCCCUUUCCCUCUGGCUCUCAAACUCUGCUUAUAUUUACUUAUCGGUCUCCUUCAUUCAGAUGUUGAAAGCUUUAAUGCCUGUGGCUGUCUACUCUAUUGGGAUUCUCUUAAAGAAAGAUACUUAUAAGGGCAACACUAUGCUUAACAUGGUUGCUAUUUCGUUUGGGGUUGCUAUUGCUGCUUAUGGUGAAGCAAAGUACGAUUCUUGGGGGGUUUUGCUUCAGUUGGGUGCUGUUGCUUUUGAGGCUACUAGGUUGGUUUUGAUCCAGAUCUUGUUGACUUCUAAGGGAAUCAAUUUGAAUCCCAUUACUUCUCUGUAUUAUGUGGCUCCAAGUUGCCUCUUUUUCUUGUUCAUUCCUUGGAUUUUUGUGGAAUACCCUGUUUUGAGGGAGAAUUCCAGUUUCCAUUUUGAUUUCGUGGUGUUUGGGACUAAUUCGAUUUGUGCAUUUGCUCUGAACUUGGCUGUUUUCUUGCUUGUGGGAAAGACUUCUGCUUUGACCAUGAAUGUGGCUGGGGUGGUAAAAGAUUGGCUUUUGAUCGCGUUUUCCUGGUCGGUGAUUAAGGAUACUGUGACCCCUAUGAACUUGAUCGGGUAUGGAUUGGCGUUUUUGGGUGUUGGAUAUUAUAAUCAUUCGAAAUUGCAGGCGCUGAAGGCAAAAGAGGCGCAAAAGAAGUCGCAGCAGGCUGAUGAGGAGAGUGGAAAGCUAUUGGGAGAGACAGAAGGGAAAGAUGGGGUUGAGGGAAUUGGCAAGAAGGGUGACACUCAGGCCUGAUUUGUCGGUGGAAGAUUGAGUUUGUGGAAGAAAGAUGGGGACAUUGACUAAUAAUGUACGAAGAAGAUGAAGAAAAAAUCAGGGUCCCUCCCUCAGAGUGCGUUCUUCUUGCUCAUUUGAUGGGUCUGGACUUAGUAGGAAACGUUGACAGGAUGAUUUGUUAGUUGUUACUUGUGCUUUAUUUAGUGUUUGUUUCUUUCGGAAAUGGGAUUUGAGAUUCGUCAUUUCUCAGUUAUACGGCCAGUUAAUGUAUCCUAGUGGAGUAAGAUUCCAUAAAACCUCAAUUUAUCUUCUUUAUUCUGAUACGUAAUUUCAUUUU